AUGGGUUCUUUCAUAGGGCAUGUACUCCCGGGUAUAGGGUUUCUUCUCCUUGGGCUAUGGCACCUCUUUAACCACAUCAAGCUCCAUACUCUUCACCCAACUUCCUACACAUCCCCGAUAUGGUUCCCAACCUCCAAGCUCAGGCAUCUGGAGCUCGUCCUCAUCAUCGCUGGCUGCUUUGUCUUCAUCGUCAUCGAGCUCUUCGUCGGCCCCAAAAAGCACCAUCCCUUCGACUCCGACGGCACAAUCCCCAACAACCAUCUCCACAACGUCGAGCACGCCGUCAUUGCCUUGACAAUCUUCACAUACGCCCUGCUCUCCCUAAUCAUCGACCGCGCCGCCUUGCCUGCCGCACACGGUGUCAAGAAGGCACGACACAGCCUGUCCUUAUUCCUUGCAGCCGUCGCCUUCGCCCAGGAGCUCCUCCUCUUCCGUCUUACCUCGACCGACCACAUGGGCGCCGAGGGGCAGUACCAUAUGCUUCUUCAGCUCAUCAUUUUCGUAUCCUUGAUCACAACCUUAUUAGGAUUCGGAUUUCCUAAUAGUUUUAUGGUCAGUUUUGUUCGGUCUCUAAGUAUAUUUUUUCAAGGGGUUUGGUUUAUUUUAGUAGGUUUUAUGCUGUGGACUCCUGCUUUGAUCACCAAGGGAUGUUGGAUGAACCAUGAAGAAGGUCACUAUGUGGUUCGUUGCGACGGAGAAGCCUCGCUUCACCGGGCCAAGUCUAUUGCCAACCUUCUUUUCAGUUUUUUCGUAAUUGGAAUUGCUGUGUUUGGGGCUUGCUUUUAUUUGCGUAUGGUUAGGAUUUAUGGGGAAAAUGUUGACUAUUUUUCACUUGAUUUGAAAUCCGACAAAAGAGAGGAUAAAAACACUGAUGAUGUUGAGUUCCAGAAGACAAACGAGCUUAGUGAGAGUUACAAGAGUUUCAUUGAUGGUCAUGUACAUGUGCGCAGAUUUGAGCUGGCGCCUAGGUAG